GCUGUUUCCCGGGACGCCAUUAGAGGCUGCACCAUGGCGGAGGAGGACAAGGAUCCUCUCAGCUACUUCGCCGCUUAUGGCAGCUCCAGCUCGGACAGCAGCGAGGAGGAGGCCGAGGAGGUGAAGGCGGCGGUGAAGAGGCCUCUGUCCGCCCAGAAGCUGCCGGGCCCGGACGAGCUCUUCCAGACCGUCACCCGGCCCUCCUUCCUCAGCGCCCCCACCACCAAGGCGAUCGACUGGGAGAAGCGCCUGGUGCGGCCCCCCGAGGAGCCGCCUCGAGAAUUCAAAGUGUGGAAGACUAAUGCGGUCCCCCCUCCCGAGUCCUACAAGGUGGAGGAGAAGAAAGGUCCCCCUCCGGAGCUGGACAUGGCAAUAAAGUGGUCCAGUAUGUACCAAGACAACGGCGAUGAUGCCCCCCAGCAAGUCAACAAAGCCAAGUUCCUGCCGGAUGAAGAAGCGGAGGUCGUCCCUUCUGAGGACGACCAGGACGAGUCGCCUUCUACUAAGAAGCGCAAAGUGUGACCGACCACUGCAACACUGACCAGGACGCCGGCAUUGAAGGGGCGGCCAUGAGAAGAGUCUCCCACAGCCAUCCUGCCAUCAGAUGACCUCCAUAGCUGAAUGUGUAAGCCGGUGGUCUCCAGCCUGUGGCAAAACUACAACUCCUACCAUUUUCUGACAUGUCAGGAGUUGUAGCUUUGCAGCGGGCCGGAGACUGUUGGUGUAGAUCUGUCAUGCAUCAGUAUUUGCCUGUUUAAGCACAACGUCUUGGCUGCAGUACUUCUAUCUUAGGACCGUGGGUGUGGUAUACGGUGCUAGUCUUGGUGAAUGUAAUGAGCCGUAAGGACCUGCCGCUGCCGCGUGGCAAUACAUGUGUUUUUACUGUAGGAACCAGUGAUUAUAAUGCAGCUCGGUUCUGCCACUCGUCUGCAUUGUGUUAGAAACCUUUUAUAAAGGAGUGCGUCUCACAGUAAGUUAUUGUACGGGUUCUGCAGAGCGCUUGAUUUAUGUACAUAGAAGACUGGAAAUAAAUCUGCUUUUUGUAA